AUGAUUACCAUCCAUGAUACAGCUUCGUCCACGAAUACUGAGCUAUUCGACAUACCUACCGACGAAGGCACGAAAGAUGAUACACCGAAAGGUGCUAAGUUUAUUGCCGUUCUGGGAACCAUCAUGCUCUGCAUCUUCCUCUCAGCUCUCGAGAUGACCGUGAUUGCAACCGCAGUCCCCGCAAUAACUGCCCACUUCAUGUCACUGGACGACGUAGGCUGGUACGGAUCUGCGUCAUUCCUUACCCAGGCCACCUUUCAAGCGACCUGGGGCAAGGCAUACAGUACGUUUGACCUCAAAUGGACUCUCAUAACUGCCAUUGCUGUCUUCGAGAUGGGCAACCUGAUAUCUGGAUUGGCUCCAAACUCACCUACUGUCAUUCUGGGACGCGCAAUAGCUGGGAUUGGAGGCUCAGGAACGAUCGGAGGUGCCUUUAUCUGCAUUGCAUUUGUCACAACUGAAAGAAUGAAGGUCAUGUGCAUUGGCAUCAUGGGUGCAACUUUCAGCGUCGCGAGUGUUGUUGGUCCUCUCCUAGGCGGAAUCCUUACAACUCAUGCCUCGUGGCGGUGGACUUUCCUUUUCAAUGUUCCUAUUGGAAUCGUCACAGUCCUUUCUCUUUUCUUUGUAUUUGAUACACCACAAGCUCACAAGAAUUCCCGCCAACCAUUUCAAGGGUUUCGCUUCCUUCUCGACAUGAACCUUCCAGGCACGUUGAUGAUGACUGCCGCAGGCACUUGUCUCAUGCUAGCCAUGCAAUGGGGGGGCGUAUCUUACGCUUGGAACGACUCUCGAGUCAUCGGAAUGCUAGUUGUUUCUGGGCUUCUGAUGGUCAUCUUCUUUGUCAAUGAACACUUCAUGGGUGAGCGAGCCCUGGCACCGCCUCGUCUUCUAAAAAUCUGGCCAGUUCCUGGGAAUUGCAUCACCACAUUCCUCAUCUCUGGUGCUUACUUCCCACUCAUUUACUUCCUUCCAAUUCUUUUCCAAUCCAUUCAAGGAGUGGAUGCGGAACAGUCUGGCUACCGCAAUAUCCCCAUGAUCCUCUCCACAUCCUUAUUCACCAUCGUCGCGUCUCAAUUCAUUGGCCGCACCAACCUCUGGCAAGUUCCCAUGAUACUCGGUCCGAUCCUCAUGGUCAUCGGCUCUGCGCUUAUCAAGCUGCUCGACCUGCACUCCACUCCGGCCGAAUGGAUCGGCUACCAGAUCGUCGUUGGUGUAGGCAUCGGCAUCGGUCUCCAAAUCCCCAUGAUUGCGAACCAGAAAAGUGUCGAUUUGGCAGAUAUUCCCAAUAUGAUCGGCAUGACGCUCUUUUUCGAGCUGACCGGCGGUGCAUUCUUCCUCUCGACUGGCCAGGCAAUCUUCGCGAACGGACUAAUAAGUACGCUAAAGCGUGUCGCGCCACGUGUAGAUCCGGUCCGCAUCGUACAAAACGGUGCCGUGGGACUGCGCGAGGCAUUUCCGGCGGACAUCGAUGCAAUCUUGGAAGCAUACGCAAUUGGAUUGAGGAAUGCGUUCAGCCAAGGUCUUGCAUGCGCCCUCGGAGCGACAGUUAUGGGGGCAAUCGUAGUCGGAACGACGAUUCUGAGGAAGAAGAAAACAGACACUGCGACCACCUCUGACUUAGAAAUGGAUGAGGACUGUGUAAAAUUAAAAAAGGGGCCGUAA